GUGUGGGAGGGGUGAGGUGGCCGCUCAUCCACCGGUAUCAUGGCGUCCUAACAGGAGGGGAAGUGAUUGAGAACAAAACAAGGAUUUUUAUCGAAUGCCCGCUACAGUAUAGUCCUUUCCGGAACCUGAGAUUGGGACAGAGGGGUCCGGCCUCCCUUUUCGCCCCCCACGGCCGCCCCUGGGCUCUAGGAUAGUCUUGUGUUUUCUUGGUGAAUUUCCAUUCGUAAACCGUGAAGAUGGCCGACCCGGCGGAGUGCACUAUCAAAGUGAUGUGCCGUUUCAGGCCCCUCAACAGCUCCGAGGUGACCAGAGGCGACAGAUACAUUCCCAAGUUCCAAGGGGAAGACACUGUCGUAAUCGGGGGCAAACCGUACAUGUUUGACAGAGUGUUUCAGUCAAGUACUACACAGGAACAAGUGUACAACGCAUGUGCCCAGAAGAUUGUAAAAGAUGUUUUGGAGGGAUACAAUGGAACAAUUUUUGCAUAUGGGCAGACCUCAUCCGGCAAAACACACACCAUGGAGGGGAACCUCCACGACACAGACGCGAUGGGCAUCAUCCCCAGGAUAGUGCAAGACAUCUUCAACUACAUAUACUCUAUGGACGAAAACCUGGAGUUUCAUAUCAAAGUUUCAUAUUUUGAAAUUUACUUAGACAAGAUUCGGGACCUUUUGGAUGUGUCAAAGACCAAUUUGUCAGUGCACGAAGACAAAAACAGAGUACCCUAUGUAAAGGGCUGCACUGAGAGGUUCGUCUGCAGCCCUGAUGAAGUCAUGGACACAUUGAUUGAGCAAUCCAACAGACAUGUAGCAGUUACAGUAAGAUACGACCCCAUGCUCCAGAGUCACAGUAUCUCCUGAUUACGUCAAACGGAGAACACUCAGACAGAACAGAAGCUCAGCGGCAAACUUUACCUGGUAGAUUUGGCCGGAAGUGAAAAGGUCAGUAAAACAGGAGCAGAAGGAGCCGUUCUGGAUGAAGCCAAGAACAUCAACAAGUCCUCUGUCGUCCCUGGGAACGGCAUCUCUGCUUUGGCCGAAGGAACGGCUUACAUCCCAUAUCGAGACAGCAAGAUGACCCGUAUUCUGCAGGACUCCCUGGGUGGUAACUGUCGGACCACCAUCGUCAUCUGCUGCUCACCUUCCUCCUUUAAUGAGGCUGAAACCAAAUCCACCCUCAUGUUCGGACAGAGAGCAAAGACCAUCAAGAACACUGUGACGGUGAACAUCGAGCUGACGGCAGAGCAGUGGAAACAGAAGUAUGAGAGGGAGAAGGAGAAGAACAAGACCCUGAGGAACACCAUCACUUGGCUGGAGAAUGAGCUGAACCGCUGGAGGAACGGUGAGAGUGUUCCAGUCGAGGAGCAGUUUGAUAAAGAGAAGGCCAACGCCGAGGUGCUGGCUCUGGACAAUAUACUCAACGAAAAGCCGGCGUCCACGCCCAACGUGCCUGGUGUUCGUCUCACAGAUGUGGAGAAGGACAAGUGUGAGGCUGAACUGGCCAAGCUCUACAAACAGCUGGACGACAAGGAUGAGGAGAUCAACCAGCAGAGCCAGCUGGCUGAGAAGCUGAAGCAGCAGAUGCUGGACCAGGAGGAGCUUCUAGCCUCCUCCCGCCGGGACCAUGAGAACCUCCAGGCCGAGCUGAACCGUCUGCAGGCAGAGAACGAAGCCUCCAAAGAGGAGGUGAAGGAGGUGCUGCAGGCCCUGGAGGAGCUGGCCGUCAACUACGACCAGAAGAGCCAGGAGGUGGAGGACAAGACCAAGGAGUUCGAAGCCAUCAGCGAGGAGCUCAGCCAGAAAUCAUCCAUCCUGUCGUCUCUGGACUCUGAGCUCCAGAAGCUGAAGGAGAUGUCCAACCACCAGAAGAAGAGGGUAACCGAGAUGAUGUCAUCACUGCUCAAAGACCUAGCUGAGAUCGGCAUCGCCGUCGGUAGCAAUGACAUCAAGCAACAUGAGGGAGGAAGUGGCCUGAUAGACGAGGAGUUCACAGUGGCACGUCUGUACAUUAGUAAGAUGAAGUCUGAAGUGAAGUCAAUGGUGAAACGCUGUAAGCAGCUGGAGAGCACCCAGUCCGAGAGCAACAAGAAGAUGGACGAGAACGAGAAGGAGCUGGCCGCCUGCCAGCUGCGCAUCUCACAGCAUGAGGCUAAAAUCAAGUCCCUGACGGAGUACCUGCAGAACGUGGAGCAGAAGAAGAGGCAGCUGGAGGAGAACGUCGACUCACUCAACGAGGAGCUGGUGAAGCUCAGCGCUCAGGAGAAAGUUCACGCGAUGGAGAAAGAGAAUGAGAUCCAGACUGCAAAUGAAGUGAAGGAGGCUGUGGAGAAGCAGAUUCACUCCCACCGUGAAGCCCACCAGAAGCAGAUCAGCAGCCUGAGGGAUGAGCUGGACAACAAGGAGAAGCUGAUCACUGAGCUGCAAGAUCUGAACCAGAAGAUCAUGCUGGAGCAGGAGAGGCUCAGAGUGGAACACGAGAAACUCAAAUCCACCGACCAGGAGAAGAGCCGCAAGCUGCACGAGCUGACGGUGAUGCAGGACAGAAGGGAGCAGGCCAGACAGGACCUGAAGGGUCUGGAGGAGACAGUGGCCAAGGAGCUGCAGACGCUGCACAACCUGAGGAAGCUGUUUGUCCAGGACUUGGCCACCAGAGUGAAAAAGAGUGCGGAGAUGGACUCGGACGACACAGGAGGCAGCGCCGCUCAGAAACAGAAAAUCUCCUUUCUUGAGAACAAUCUUGAGCAGCUCACCAAGGUUCACAAACAGCUGGUGCGUGAUAAUGCAGACCUGCGCUGUGAGCUUCCUAAACUGGAAAAGCGCCUUCGUGCUACGGCUGAGCGGGUCAAGGCCCUGGAAUCUGCUCUGAAGGAGGCCAAGGAGAACGCCGCCCGCGACCGCAAACGAUACCAGCAGGAGGUGGACCGCAUCAAAGAGGCCGUCAGAGCCAAGAACAUGGCCCGGAGGGGACACUCGGCCCAGAUCGCUAAGCCCAUCCGGCCCGGGCAGCAGCCGGUGGCGUCUCCCACUCACCCCAACAUCAACCGUAGCGGCGGCGGCUUCUACCAGAACAGCCAGACGGUGUCCAUCAGAGGAGGAAGCGGCAGCAAACCAGACAAGAACUGAACGGCGGCGGAUUCUGCAGACGACACCACAGAAGCCAACACCCCCACCCCCUCAGACAAACCUGUCAUUCCAUUACAGUGAUCCGGCUCCUGGGCCGCUGCCGCCGAGCCCCAAAGGAGUUUCUGAAUUAUAAAUAUAUAUAUAUAAAUAUUCCUGGCCUGUACAGCUCCACCCCCCCACCCCCUCAGUCCUUCACCACCACCAUCCUCCUCAUCAUCAUCCACCUUCACCCCCCCUCCUCCACCCAUUCUCAUCAUGACUUAUCUCCUUUUCACUUACUGAAUAUAAUAAAAAAGACACAUUUAAUUUGCAAAAAAGGCAAGAUAAUAUUCUUAUCCACCGAACCAAACACGCAGUCUUGAGUGCAGCCUCAGCGAGCGAAAUCAGCGCGACCUGAAUGUGUAGCUUGGUUUUUGUUUUUUUUUUUCCUGUUUUUUUUUUUUUUUCUUUUCUUUUUGCACAGUCUGUCGUCAUCCGUUGUCGUCGUGCGAUUAGUUCUGCACUGUGCCAAGCUGAAUGUAACGGUAGGUAGGUACGGUAGCAAGAUCCCAUUUAAAAAAAUAAAAUAUAAAUAAAAUAAAAAACCACACUCACUCACAAAAGGCCAAAAAAAAAAAAGAAAUUAAAAUUACAAACCCUUCCACCAGAACUAGCUUGAGCGUUUAGGCUAACCUCUGUACAUUUCAUCUUUACUAUCGUCAUCGGUCGUUAACACCACUUUUCUCUGGAUAGAUUUUUCAUGCUUCUUUAUGGAAAAAAAAAAAAAGAUGGGAAAAAAAAUGUUUUGAAUUGACUAGAUGGCGUCGAGCACUACUGUUCUGUCCAGUCUUGUUGUACAGAUGUAAAAUUGGCACCACUGCACACACACCCCUCCC